UUCAGCCUUUUGCCUUAACCUUAAAUUGUGCAAGUACAUCAUAAAUUCUAUCUAGAAUGUCAUGGCGACCCAAAAUUGCCCUUAAAUGUAACCAAAUUUAAAACGACAGAUUUAGCGCCGUCUGUGGGAAUCGAACCCACGACCACAUGGUUAAAAGCCAUGCGCUCUACCGGCUGAGCUAAGACGGCUUAUUAAUAAUUGUUUCCAGUUAAACAUAAAUUUCUUUGAUUAAUCCAAAUUAAAAUGCCAGUUUAUGAAACAAUCUUCUUGCACUCUCGUUACAAUUUAGGGCCGCCGCCGCCACCGCCGGUUCCCAGUUUCAAUUCCGAUGUCCGGCCACCACUACUAUGAAAGAUGCCGCCCUGAAGUCCUUGUUCUCAACCCAACGCCUCCACCCAACGCUGGAUGUCUCCACGGCGGCCAACCUCUAUGCUGCCAAGCUUCAGCUUUGCUGCCAAUGUGGCCCCUCCGCCUACGCGCUCACCUCCGGCAUCCACGGACACAUCAUUGCUUCUGGUUUCAGGCCGCGAGGGCACAUCCUUAACCGCUUGAUUGAUUUCUAUGGCAAAUCCGGUAAUCUGACGUAUGCAAGGCAACUGUUCGACGAAAUUCCCCAACCAGAUGUUGUUGGGAGGACCACGUUGAUUUCGGCAUAUUCCAACUCCGGAAACCCCAAAUUGGCCAGAGAGGUAUUUGAUAAGACGCCUUCAAAGAUUCGAGACACUGUUUUCUACAAUUCUAUGAUCACUUGCCUUUCCCACAACAACGAUGGUUAUGCCGCUAUUAAACUGUUCAAUGAGAUGCGGCAGAAGAGCUUCAAACCUGAUAAUUUUACCUACACAAGUAUACUUGGAGCGUUGUCUCUCGUGGCUGAUCGUGAGACCCACUGUCAGCAGCUACAUUGCGUUGUGAUCAAGUCAGGGACUCAAUCGGGUACUUCGGUGGUGAAUGCACUCAUAUCGGUUUAUGUCAAAUGUGCAUCCUCACCUCUGGCCUCAUCUUCUGCAUUGAUGAAAUCAGCGAGAGUGCUGUUUGAUGAGAUGCUGGCAAAGGAUGAAUUAUCGUGGACAACCAUCAUCACUGGGUAUGUGAAGAACGAUGAUCUUGAUUCAGCAAGGGCAGUUUUCGAUAGGAUGGAAGAAAAACUGGUUGUGGCAUGGAAUGCUAUGAUUUCUGGAUAUGUGCACAAGGGAAUGGUGUUCGAGGUGUUUAAAAUGUUCCGGAAUAUGCAUUCUUCGGGUAUUAAACACGAUGAUUUUACCUACACCAAUGUUCUUAGUGCAUGCGCCGAUGCCGGCUUAUUUCUCCACGGAAAGCAAGUGCAUGCUUACAUACUGAGGACAGAGGCAACACCUGCUUGUGAUUUCAGGGUUUCAGUGAAUAAUGCUCUGAUCACAUUGUAUUGGAGAUGCGGCAAGAUUGACCAAGCAAGAAGUAUUUUUGAUGCAACCGACAGCAAGGAUAUUGUCUCAUGGAAUGCAAUUUUAUCUGCUUAUGUGAGUGCCGGAAAAAUGCAUGAAUCGAAAUCCAUUUUUGAUGGCAUGUUGGAGAAGAACAUGUUAUCCUGGACGGUUAUGAUAUCAGGACUUGCACAAUCUGGUUCUGGUGAAGAAGCUUUGAAAUUGUUCAACAAGAUGAAGUCUUGUGGGCUCGAACCAUGCGACUACGCAUAUUCUGGAGCCAUUACUGCAUGUGCUGUUCUUGCUGCUUUGGAACAGGGGCGACAGCUCCAUGCUCAGCUUAUCCAGCUGGGAUUCGACUCCAGCCUUUCGGCUGGGAAUGCUCUCAUAACAAUGUAUGGACGCUGUGGUGUCCUUGAUGCCGCGCACACUAUAUUUCUCACCAUGCCUUAUCUGGAUUCUGUGUCAUGGAAUGCAAUGAUAGCAGCCCUUGGACAGCACGGACAUGGUGCCCGAGCACUGGAACUUUUUGAAACGAUGUUAGAGGAAGACAUAUUGCCCGACCAGAUUUCAUUCCUCUCGGUUCUCUCUGCGUGCAGUCAUGCAGGUUUAGUUGAAAAAGGAAAGGAAUACUUCAAAUCGAUGAGUGAGAUAUAUGGAAUGACUCCCGGCGAAGAUCAUUACGCCCGAUUAAUUGAUUUGUUGUGUCGAGCUGGGAAACUUAAAGAAGCCAAGAAUGUGAUUGAGAACAUGCCUUUUGAGCCCGGAUCCCCAGUUUGGGAGGCUUUACUUGCUGGUUGUCGGCUUCAUGGCAACAUGGAUUUAGGGGUCCAUGCUGCUGAAAAACUCUUUGAGAUGAUUCCAAAACAUGACGGCACCUACAUACUUUUGGCUAACAUGUUUGCGUACGCAGGGCGAUGGGAUGAGGUGGCGUCAGUGCGAAAAUUUAUGAGGGAAAGAGGGGUGAAGAAGGAGCCUGGUUGUAGUUGGCUUGAGGUUGAGAACAAGGUGCAUGUAUUUUUAGUCGACGACACUGUGCAUCCGGAGGUGGUGGAAGUAUACAAGUAUCUGAAUGAAUUGGUAGGGAGAAUAAGGAAACUGGGAUAUGUUCCGGACACGAGAUAUGUCCUGCAGGAUAUGGAGUUGGAGCAAAAAGAAUAUGCAUUGUCUGCUCAUAGUGAGAAGCUUGCAGUUGUUUACGGGCUGCUGAAACUCCCUCGUGUAGCCACCAUUAGAAUCUUCAAGAACCUACGGAUAUGCGGGGAUUGCCAUAAUGCAAUCAAGUUUAUGUCCAAAGCAGAGGGUAGAGAGAUUGUUGUGAGGGAUGGAAAGAGGUUCCAUCAUUUUAAGGAUGGUCAAUGCUCUUGUGGCGAUUUCUGGUGAUUGAGUUGAUGGUUUAAGAAUUCAUUCCAUUGCUGUAGUUUGAUGCUGCAGUCCACAGCCGCCGCCGCACCGGAUUCUUCUUCUUCAUCCCCCGUCGCCGCCGCAGUCGUCUUCUUUUUCUCCAAUUCCUGUCUUUUCUUGCUUUCUUUUUUCCUCCUCCUUCACACCACCCGGUCGCAACAUUCCAC